AUUUCACGUUUUACUAUAGGCUAUAUACUGCACAUGAAGCUGCAAUCCUUUUUCACAACUGUAUCAGAAUCCUUCUCAGGAGGAGCUAAUUCUAACAAGUGCAAGAGGAAAAUCUUUACACUGCGAUGAAUAAUUUUCUCGGGAAAUAUGAUAGACAUCUAGUCCAACCAUCACAAACACCAAGACCAACACCACCAAAGAAGGAAUUUGACAGCCCAUGGAGGAAAGUAUCUUGGAGUAAACAAAAUAGGGACGAGAUGGUGGGGGCCCUGAGGAACUUUGAACUGAAUGAUCCUGACGUGGGUCAUCUGAGAUGCCUGCUACAUGGACCAGUCGGUGCAGGGAAGUCCAGCUUCAUCAACUCAGUCAACAAUGUCUUCCAAGGACGCACAACAUCUGGUGCCCUGGUAGCAGCUGCCUCUGGCACAAGCUUCACCAAGACAUAUAAAACACACUACAUUAAAAAUGGAAAUGCCCGUCUACCCUUUGCAUUCAAUGAUGUCAUGGGUCUGGAGGCACAAGAAAAUGGGAUGCAACCUAAAGACCUCAUCAAUGCUCUGAAGGGCCAUCUACCAGAAGGCUAUAAGUUCAAUCCUUGCUGGCCAUUAACUGAGGAAAGUCCAGACUACAAUAGGAUGCCUAUGUCAAGUAACAAGGUUCACUGUCUGGUGAGUGUUGUACCAGCAGACAAAAUCUCUCUCAUGUCAAGUGAUGUCACAGCGAAGAUGCGGAAGGUCAGAGAAAAAGCCAGUAAUAUGGGAAUUCCUCAAGUUGUUGUCAUGACCAUGCCAGACAAGGCUUGUGUUCUUGUGGACAGUGAUGUGAAGAGAAUCUACACCAGCAAGGCAAUCAAAGAGAAGAUGCAGAUCUGCAGUAAUGAGCUGGGUGUUCCCAUGAACUGCAUCCUGCCGGUGAAGAACUACCAUGAGGAGGAGAUGCUGGAUGAUGACAUGGACAUCCUGAUCCUGAACGCCAUGACUCAGAUUAUGAACUUUGCCAACGACUACAUCUGGGACCUCCAACAACAUGCAUGAGUGUCACACGCUAGGAGAUUAGUGAGCCAUCCAGUACACUCCUAAAUCUAUAUAGUCUAGAUUUAAUUUCAGAUAAGCUAUCCCCCUUAGGAAAUUUGUUUUGAAGGCUGGAUGAAGACUGGAGUGAAAGUUCUCUUUUCAAUGUUUUCAUAAAGUCCAAUGAUGUCAGUUAUCUAUGCAUCAUGUUUGGCAUUCUAUCAAGGAUACUAGCUUAUCUAAUGCAAGUGUACACUGUUGGGUGUUAUAUGUAGGUGCUGUCUAGAACCUAAAACAGUUAUUCGGUUGUCAUCAUAGGAGAACCUUUUAAAGAACUCUUUGGGUUCCAUGUAAAAUCCUCACUGGUUCAUCUUAGCUAGCUAGUAGCUCUAGUUAGAUCCCUCUGUAAUAUGGAUAUCUUCCAUACAGGGUUCUUGUGUGAUGUGCCAAGAAGAGUACACCGCCACUACAUCGAGUCACUAUAAGUUGAUACUUGUAAAAAUGUCAAUUAUUUUAUGCUUUUCCUGUACCUAUGUUUGUCCUGUGCAGCUGCAGGCUUUUUUUCGGGUGCUGAAAUCAGUUGUUUUUGGAGAGAAAAAAAAGAAUUUUAUGUGACGUCCGCCAAACUGUACCCCGUAAUCCAUAUAUAAAAACUACGGAUUUCAGCACCCAAAGAAAAGCUUGCAGUUACACAGGACAAACAGACAUUUUUACAAGUAUCGACUGAUAGUGACUCAAUCUAGUCAGUGGUACACUCCGCCGACACUCAUCACAACUCAAAUCCGUAGAGAUGUAUAUGUAUGUAUCUAUGUAUAAAUAUCUGACAACAUUAUAUACAAGAGGGAAUGCAUAAAUAAGCCAACAAAUAUUAGUUAAAUAAAAUAUGGAAGAAUCGAUGAAAAGCUGCAUUGACUGUGAAGUUUGUAGUUUCAACUGGACAAUUUCACUUGAACAACCCUCAAGUCAUAAUAACAAUUGGGAAACUGAGAAAAUUUUGUUACCAGAGUUGCAGAGUUGUGGCAUUUCACCACUAAGCUUUUACAUUUUAAACCAAGUGAUGGCAACAAAUCCCUUAUUAACAAUUAAAAAUGUAUUUAAAUGGAUAAUGUAGCUAGUUUUACCAUAUUAUCAAUGUUAAGCAAGCUAUGUAAACUUUUCUUGGUUGAAGAAUUGUUCCUAACAUCAAAACAACUUGAAAACAAUCAUGUCGGAUUUACAACUUCCCACUUCUCACGGGCAUGUGAAUGCCCCAUUAGAUAGAUAACUAGUGAAGCCCGUUUUAGCAUGAACAGCGCCAUUGGGGAAUUUCGCCAUUUUGAAGUAGUCAACUGGGUGGGACUUCCUAUGGGUUAAGGAAGGAUCACAUAAUUCCAUCCAGGUCAUCAGGAAUGGUCAGCCAAAGAAUGAUACUCAUUAGCAAACAUUCCAUAACUGCAGGUGGAAGUUAACAACAACCUUGCCUUUAUACCUUUUCAAACAACACACUCCAGGUGGCACUGUGCACCCUUUCAGUUUGUUUACCAACUCAUAGAAGUAGUAAAAUAAGAAAUUCACUACUUUAAAAUGGAGCAGAGGAGGCUGGUGGGAGGCGCUAUAGGAAAAUGGGCUCAUUGUAAUGUCUGGAAUGGGAUAAAUGGAACGGCAUCAAACAAAUGGAAACCCUGUUUGACUCCGUUCCAUUAGUUCCAUUCCAGCCAUUACAAUGAACCCAUCCUCCUAUAACUCUUCCCACUGGCCUACUCUAAAAUGCAGAUAGCCUCAAUGGCGCUGCCCAUGCUCUCACAGACGACAUAAUGGCACAGAUACAAAGUAAGAAGUCUAACUAAGUCUAUGGCUAGCUGACAGCAAAGCAUUAACUUAGACAUCUCAUCUUUGUAUCUGUCCUAUUGUAGCAUCUGUGACAGCAUGGGCAGGACCUUUGAGGCUAUCUCCAUUUUAAAGCAGUACAUUUAUUUUACUACUACUUCUAUGCAGCAAAGGUGUCGGCUAGAGAGUACGUGCAGGAGAUUCCAGCAUGGAUUUGUAGUCUUGCAUGACAAAGUAUCAGCUUUCACAUCAUGUGAAAGCUGAUACUCUUGUUUCAUAAAAUGCAUUAAAUGGGAUUAUUUUUCCACUCUGUCAUACACCAUAAAAGGCUUUUUAUUUUUACAUUCAUUGUCCAACAAGUGUUUAAAGGCCUUUAUUGUUUUGUUCUGUCAUCUGGGAUGGGGAGUUGGAGGUGGAUGCCCACCUUUUUUUUGCUUAUUUUUCUUUACGUACCAAUUUUAUUAUUAUCAAAUCAUGUUAUGUGAGCAAGAUGAUCAUUCCUUUGUAUGCAUUUCUUAUUUUUGUUUUUCUUACCGAGAAUGGUAAUGGCCAGAACUGAGCGAAUGGAAUGGCAUCAAACACCUGUAAACCAGGUGUUUGUUGUAUUUGAUACCAUUCCACUGAUUCCACUCUAGUCAUGACAACGAGACCGUUCUCACCAGUUAAGGUGCCACCAACCUCCUGUGAUAUAGGUAUAGAAUUAAAUUUCAUAAAAAUAAAAACAUUAGAAACAUUAAAAAAGUUAUCAUACUAUACUAAAUAUGUCACCAAAUAAUUGAGUCAAAUACACUGUUUUGCAAUGAAGGUGAUAGGUUUGGUUUCUGAAAUGUAUAUAUUAUUAAUCAUUAGGUAUAAUAGAGACAUGAGGGGUGCCAUAAGUAAGCUUGGGAGGGUCUGAGUGCAGGGAAAACAAUCACAUGUAGCAGAACUGAGAGUGGAGGAACUGUUUAAGGCCCGUCACUCAGCUCUCUGCCUAGCAAUAAUGAUGCAAUGUUUGGUGAUAAGGAGGAGACUCCACCCAAAGUGGGGUAUGUACACUACCACUGUUGAAACCAUGUUUUUGUCUAAUGCAGCUGUAUUGACCCUCUGGGCAGAAUAAACUUGGUUUAAAGCUUU